CAAAUUGAAAAGGGAAGACAUUGUAAUGGCGAUCUACAUUAUUUUUCUGAAGAAACAGCGCAAUGGGUUGUUAAGUAAUUCUCAAAGUUUAAUAACGUCCCUCGGUGUAGACAUUGGCGCGUGGAGUGGUACGGGCAGGGGGUCGGGGUGGGCUCGCGCAGGGCGGUGCGCGGCGGGCGACGGCGCGGCGCGUAUCGAACGUGGGCGGCCGCGCAUGCCACUCACUCCGCCGCCAUCCGCGAUAUGCACUACUACGCGGUUACAUCUCGUACUAAAACCCAACAACCACGAUAUCACGUUAUUGCGCGCGACGUGCUUACGAUGUAGAAACUAGACAACCUCGUGUAAACUUAAGAAAUAUUAAUAAGAAGUGAUAAUUAUGACAAGCAAUAUAAUAAUAAAUUAUAAUGGGUCCGCGAGUGCUCUCAUAUAAGAAGACGAAGAAUUUAAGUUGGAAUAUUGAAGAAGUAUGGACAUUCAGAAGCAACAUUUAUGCCCUCGACUGGUAGACUAUUUAACUAUCGUCGGAGCAAAACCUUACACUUCUGGGAAGGGACUUGCACCCGUCCAGGCCCCUGAACUUCUCCGGCGCUACCCGCUGACAAACCACGAUGACUUUCCGCUGCCGCUGGACAUGGUGUACUUCUGCCAGCCCGAGGGCUGCGUGUCCGUGGGCCCGCGCCGGGCUCCUGGACACCUCGCCUCAAGGGACACCACCUCCUUCGUAUUCACACUCACGGAUAAAGACUCCGGUAAAACACGAUAUGGCAUCUGCGUCAAUUUCUACCGGGCAGUGGAGCGCGCCACGGUACCGGGCCCGCGGGAGCGCAGCAUGCUACGCCGAGAGUCCUGGCGAAAGUCUAUGGAGAAAAGCUCCGAUUCUGCAUUCUCCAGUGACUAUAGGAGCAGCAACGUGGCGCCGAGUGACUCGGAGCGCGACUGCAGUGCGACGCUAGCGCCACGCCUCGCGCCCGCGCCCGCUCCUGACUCAGAGAGCGGUGGCUCACACUCGCACUCGCCCAGCCCUAGGGCGACCAGAAAACGACAGAGAAUUCGAAACCAUUCCUUAACAUCACUAUGCCUACUAUCACAUCACCCUUUCUUCUCCACAUUCCGAGAGUGCCUAUUUAUCCUAAAGAAGUUGAUUGAUGCAUGCAACGAGUCUUCCAGUCCAAGGCGUGUUGGCGCGUCUAGACAAAUACUUAGGGAUACGGUAUGGUCAGUGCUAACUGGACAAGCGUAUGACAACACCCCGACGAUCGUACUUCACGAUGUCAAAGAAAUCGAGACGUGGAUUCUACGUCUUUUGUCGGCGCCUGUACCAGUUCCGGGCAAGACGCGUCUGGAGCUAGAAGUUCUGUCGCCGACGGCUCACUCGCCACUCUUGUUUGCGCUACCUGAUCACACGAGAUUCACUCUCGUCGACUUUCCGUUGCAUUUACCACUGGAGCUGCUUGGUGUUGAUACUUGCCUGAAGGUCCUGACCCUGAUUCUCUUGGAGAACAAAGUGGUGGUUCAGUCGCGCGACUACAACGCGCUGUCGAUGUCAGUGAUGGCGCUGGUCGCGAUGCUGUACCCGCUGGAGUACAUGUUCCCAGCCAUACCUUUGCUCCCAAGCUGUAUGAAUUGUGCAGAACAGCUGUUGCUCGCGCCAACACCCUUCCUCAUCGGAAUACCGGCUACCUUCCUUACUUACAAGAAGAAUUUCAGAAUGCCUGAUGACAUCUGGUUAGUGGACCUAGAUGCCACUAAAUUAAUUUGCCCAUCGGGAACGGACCAAGACUUGCCACCGCUCCCCGAACCCGAAGGCUCGGUACUCAAAAAUCAUCUCAAACAGGCCGUGCAUCUAAUGGGCAGUGCCGGGAGUGGUGCACUCAACAGUUUGACCAGCACUACAGCCGAGCAGGCGGCUGCACCUCUGAUGCCUUCAAGGCGAGACAGCGUUGGAGGGGCCACUCUUAAAGUCCAGCAAGCAUCAUACCGUGGUGGUGACGGGGCCCAGUCAGCCCCUCACAGUACGCCCGAGAGUCGCCGCGUGUCCAUCUCAGGCAGCGGCGCGGCGAGCGCGGGACACACCCCACAGCGACAUUCGCUGGCUUCACCACACCACUCGCAUUCACAGCCACAACCCUUCAACCCGCUUAUAUAUGGAAACGAUGUUGACUCGGUAGAUGUCGCUACUAGAGUAGCUAUGGUGCGAUUUUUCAAUUCACAAAACAUCUUGGCAAACUUCAUGGAACACACUAGGACGCUGAGACUGUACCCGCGGCCGGUCGUCGCCUUCCAAAUUAACAGUUUCUUGCGAUCGCGACCAAGGACUACGAGUUUCCUGAACAAAUUUGCUAGAACACAGGCAGUGGAAUUCCUCGCGGAGUGGUCGUUAACACCAUGUAACGUGGCGUUCCUACGAGUUCAGACGGGUGUGUUUGACCCGCGCCAAGUGGGCGACAAGUCCAAGUGGUUUGCGGAACAGUUGCAGCCAAUCCGCUUCGCCGUGUGGGAUGAUGGCAGCUCCCUCAACGGAGCUUUACGGCAGUUGCAACGUCAAGAAAACCAACCUACAGAUGAGAGCGGAUCGGACUCUGAAGCGGCUGAGAGCACCAGUUCCUCAUACUCAUCCCUAAGUGAUUUUGUAUCAGAAAUGGCGUCUUCAGAUUUGUCACCAGGCAAUCAGCAACAUGUUAUCGGAGAGACUUACAGUGCUGUAGUUCAAGUGCCCAUGACUCUUUCAUCAUCGUUGGAUCCUAAAACGGUAUACAGCCCACCAUCGUCUCUUCUAUUCGGCAAUGAGGAGGAAGUGGUAGCUAAGGACCAAGGGCGCGAGUCCACCUCCCCGUCGCCUUCCGCAUCCAGUUCCGAUCACAGUGACCUAUCUGAUGAUGAAGCGCCUGAAGCCGGCGCAGUAGAGUCAAGCGAUGCACCUCACGCCCCACCCGUUAAGAAAAGCGACACGGACAGCGGCAGCUUCGGGCGCGAGUCGGACUCGAACUCGACGACGACUCCGAAGACGGUGGUGAGCCGGCAGCGCGCGGCCGACAGCGCCAGCACCAGCGACUCCGACCGCGCGCUCACGCCCUCGCACCACUCGCUGCCCCCGCACCACUCACACGCUAAAAGCACUAGUAGCGGCGUGUCCCGACAAGCAUCUCAGUCAUCACUUCUUGAACAAUUUGCUGCACAAGCCAAGGAACUGGUGAGGGAAACCACCCGACAAAGCAGCCAGGAGGGCCUACUCGCACAUAUGGACAAGUUUACACUUCACGCGAAAAAAGCAGCAGAAGAGGCUUCCAAGAGUAUGCACGAGGCAUCAAAAUCUGCCUUAGAGGCUAGUAAAACGGCCACGGCGGUCAGUAAAAACACUUUCGAAGACUUGACUUACGUGGGCAAGUCCACUUUGGGUGAUCUCACCAAAAGUGCAAAGGAGGUAGCGGCGAAAAAAGGAUUGUUGAUGAAGGGUGAAAGUCAAGAUUCGAACGGAAGUGCCUCUGCUCGUCGCGACUCAACAGCGCUGCAGACAACCAACUUGCUGACGGCCACACAUCGCGACUUCUUCUCAAACAUCAGCUCUGAUCUCAAUGGUCUGGCUGCAUCCACAUCCAGCAUGUUUAGCGACUUCUUUGGUAGUAAAGGGAAGCAACCAAAGGGUGGCGAGAGUCCGCGCAGUAUGGGAGGCAGUGGGCCUGGAGGCAGCGGAGCAUCAAGUACGGGCAGCAGCACGCCGCUGUCAGCAUCGUUCGGGCCAUUCUCAGGCGGCGCGCGAGGUCUGGUGGCAAGGUCCCCGCUAGUAAGGCACGCACCGCCGCAACCGCCACCUGUGCCAUCACACACUCGCCCCUCCGCCAACACCGAAAACCAAGCCUUCCUUAAUGACCUGGUACAACACGUAUUGGAGGGCGAAGGUGUGGGUUGGUUGAAGUUGAACCGUCUAAAGAAGCUCAUGGAGGAUGAGUCCUAUAGGAACAUGGUGCUGAGCAAACUCAACAGAAACUUUACCAGAAAGACUACACCAAAUGACAAAGUUGAUGAUGUGUUCGUGAGCAAGCCAGUCUGGAAGGGAAUGCUGAAGGUCCUGCAAGCUGUCGUCCACGGUCUCGAGCACACAUACUCCAACUUUGGACUAGGCGGGAUGGCUUCUGUGUUUCAACUGGCAGAGAUGGCUCACACCCACUACUGGAGCAAGGAGAUCGCAGGGUUAGAACAUGGCGGCAUGGCUGGGUCAGCCCUCAUGGACCAUUAUGGAAGGCAGGACCUGGAAACACCUUCGUCCUCGCCUUCUUCAAGGAAAAGCUCGCAAACUGAUGUACCAGUAGUAAACUAUCCUGAAAUGGAUUCAUCCGAAGCGCAGAGCACUACAGAAAUGUUUAAAGAUAUGCUGAAUCAGAAGAGGAAUUUACUCUUCAGCAAGCUGACGUCUUUCGAGUCUGAUGCCCCUCCCUCGUCGGACUGCUCGGCCGACGAGAGCGGCUCGAUCACCACCAACCGAGCUAAUAUCUACGACCACCGCGCCUCCUUUAAGUCCAACCUCUCUGACACUGACGUCAUGUUCCUCAAUGUGGGUCGUGGCGGCGCGGGUGCGGCGGGAAAGCCUCGCGCGGCGAGCGUGUUCUCAUCCAAGUCGUCGCUGAGCGGGUACCGGCCGCCCGUUGGCGUGCCCGUCACCUCGCCCAUCACCUCGCCAGAUACCACGCGUACCUACCUCUACCAGGGACUCAUUGGCAAGGAAAGAACAAAUCUAUGGGACCAAAUGCAAUUCUGGGAGGAUGCGUUUUUAGACGCGGUGAGUCAAGAGCGUGAUAUGAUUGGCAUGGAUCAGGGUGCUAACGAGAUGAUGGAGCGAUACAAGUGCCUGAGCGAGACGGAACGAAAGCGGCUGGAACACGAAGAGGACAGACUUCUGUCCACCGCUCUCUAUAACCUGACGGCUGCCAUGGUACUGUUCGGUGUGGAGGCCGAUAUCGUCCGAAACAAAGUGAGGCGCCUCCUCGCCAAGAGUCAUAUCGGUCUUGUUUAUAGUCAAGAAGUCAACCAUCUGCUGGAUGUCGUACAUACUUUGCACGGUAACGACAUCGAGCUGAAACCGCUGGGCUCGCGGCUGCUACGUCGCGCGUCCUUCACCGUGCACGAGGGUGACGCAGCCGGCGAGCUACGCUUUAUGGAGGUCCGAGAUGACGGACUCAUACUGCGCUCUACACAAGGAACCAUCGUGGAAAGAUGGUGGUACGAAAGGCUAGUGAACAUGACGUACAGCCCUAAGAUUCGAGUUUUGUGCCUUUGGAGGAAGAACGGCGGUCAGACGCAGCUGCAUAAAUACUACACUAAGAAGUGCAAAGCUCUGUACUACUGUAUUAAAGAAGCUAUGGAGAAAAGCGGGCGACGUCAAGAUGCGGCCGAACUCGGAGGGGAGUUUCCCAUACAGGACUGCGCCACGGGAGAGGGCGGGCUUAUACAGGUGUGCAUGGAGGGCGUCGGGCUACUGUUCCACCACAGCAAGGAUUUCGAGUUUUUCGUGCGGUUGGAUCACAUUAGGAAGUGCUUCACUCAGAAUGGCGGUAUCUUCGUUUUAGAAGAAUUCAAUCCAAAAACAAGACAAAUCAUUCAGAGGAAAUACAAAUCCGUUAUGGCAGACAAAGUAGUGCUUAAUCUGCAUCGUUUCUUCUCCUUGUGGCUUUCCCGUUACUUUGUUGACACCAGUGGACAUGAAUUGGAUUAUACACUUUACGUUUCAUAGCUCAUACUCACCUAUCAGUGCCGACCAAAUAUGCUACGCGGUGCUGUGUGUAUUUUCAUACUUCGCAGCCGGACAAGAGCAAAAAAAGUCUAUACUGGAGCAAGCAGCGC